AUGCAUCCAGUUACUUUCCUGUUGAUUCCAGUUUGUUUCUUUUCGUUAUUUCUAUUCCCCUUCAUCAGCGCACUUCAACAACUCUUCAACGAAUCCAGUGCUAUCGGUUCAACGAACUUAUAUUCACCUGAUCACAGUCCGAAUUAUGCAGCCAAACAACGAAUGGGUCUGUACUUUCCGGACGGUGGCCAUUUCUCGGAUCGUACAUUUUUGUCCAGCAAUCUUCGUGUUCUCAUUUUGGAAUCAAAGUACGGCAGUGUUUUCGAUGAACGUUUUGUGACUUAUUACGCACAACUCAGAGGUCAACUUGAAAACAUAUCGGUUCGUUUUCAUCUUCUAUGGAUAGUUCGCAGAUCUAGUGUCUUUCAACAAAUUGUGCAUAACGGCAAAACGAUCAGCUACGCGCAACAAUGCGCCGAUCAAACUCACAACGAUCUACACUGUCUUCCGGAUGCCUUUCUGAUGGCCAACUCUCCGCUUGGUCGACUUUUCCCUCUUACGAUUCCCUAUUGGAAUAUUUCAGCGUUCAAGACUAGGCAAUCGAUUUACGUUGGUCUACUGUUCGGCGGUGUUCAUGUCGAUCCAAAAUCGCAACAUUUGAAGGCGGCUCGAUUUGUGAAAAUGCCUUUCAAUAUGCCACCACUGAAGGACCAAAAAGCAGAAGCGCAGUUCGACCGGUAUUGGAGUGAAACGAUACGCACACUGAAACCACCUCGUUUUGUGGGUAUCACAACUUGGGAUCAUGGACAACAUGAAACCGACAUGAAACUGAUCACUAUUAGAACUAGACGACUUCUGCCACUUUUGGUGGCCGCAUUGCUGUUGUUCUGUACGGUGAGUACGAUGCGACGUGAACGUGCUUUUCGAAAGCCAUUGCUUGCUUUAGGCGGCGUGGUUUCUGCAGGCUGUGCCAUCGUAACUUCAUUCGGAAUGCUGCAUACAAUCGGCAUACAAUUGAUCCAAAUCGCACUCAUCACUCCAUUUCUUGUUCUGUGGGAUAAGAACAAGGGUAGUGUGAGGUCAGAAUCGACGAUUGUUUUUACAUGCUCAGAUAUAGCAUCAAUAAAGUGUCACAAUUAUAAUUUCAGGAAAAGUAUUGCCUCAAUACUGCUAACGAGUCUUGACAAUGUGAUGGUGUUCAGCGUUGGCACAUUGAGUGUAUUUCCAGUAAUGCGCAUUUUCUGUUUGUAUUGCGCAGUAUCGUUACUGAUCGUUUUUGCAUUCCAAGUCACUUUAUUUGGUUCUUUUAUUGUGAUUGAUACGUUGAGACUGUGCAAUGAAUCUGUACCCAUUGAAAUUUGCAUACCGAGCAUCAAACAGUUCUCAUCGUCACCAUCUUCAUCAGUAUCUUCUUCAACUUGCUCUUCUGCCUCGACUAUCAGAAAAAUCAAAUUCUCCGGAAGGCGUGGAUGUGGUUUCUUGAGUCCUCUCUCGUCACUGUGGUCUGUCUUCGAAAGUUGGCCAUUCGUCACAUUGAUAUCGCUCAGCUAUAUGAUCUACGUGAUCGUAUCCGUGAUGAUCCUGAAUAAUAACAUUGAAAUUGGUCUGCUGCCGUCUUCUCUGCUGCCCGAUGAUUCAAUAACGUAUUCAUAUCUUCGACAGCACGAAAAAUACUUCUGGGAAUAUAACAUUCCUAUGGAGGUACUCAUUGAAGGAGAGUAUCAGUAUUCGACACCGAUCACUCGUCAUAAUAUUUUGAGGGCAGUUGCAUCAAUUGAAAAUGACGAACACACUUUGGAAGCGUCAUUUUGGCUGAGUGAUUUCGACGAAUUUAUACGGUAA